CCAGGUGACAGAGGUACGAGGGUUCAAUGACCCACAGAAGGAGGAGUACUUCAGGAAGAGAUUCAGUGAUGAGGACCUGGCCAGCAGAAUCAUCUCACACAUAAAGACAUCAAGGAGCCUCCACAUCAUGUGCCACAUUCCAGUCUUCUGUUGGAUUUCUGCAACAGUCCUUGAACACAUGCUGAAACAUAAGAGAGAAGAGAUGCCCAAGACUCUGACUGAGAUGUACACACACCUUGUGGUGUUUCAUACCAAACAGAAGAAUGAAAAGUAUCUUGGGAAAGAAGAGACAGGUCCACACUGGAAUAAAGAGAGCAUUCUGUCACUGGGAAAACUGGCUUUUCAACAGCUUGUGAAUGGCAAUCUGAUUUUCUAUGAAGAAGACCUGAAAGAGGCUGGCAUUGAUGUUAAUGAAGCCUCAGUGUACUCAGGAUUGUGCACACAGCUCUUUAAAGAGGAAUGUGGGCUGUACCAGGACAAGGUGUACUGCUUUGUUCAUCUGAGCAUUCAGGAGUUUCUGGCUGCUGUAUAUGUGUUCCUCUCUUUCAUCAACAACAAUGAGAAUCUAAUGGAUGAACUGCAAACAAACGACGAGCCUGAAGUUACUUUCUACAAGAGUGCUGUGGAUAAAGCCUUACGAAGUGAGGCAGGAAACCUGGACCUUUUCCUCCGCUUCCUUCUGGGCCUCUCACUGGAGUCCAAUCAGAAGCACUUACGAGGUCUACUGACAAAGACAAGAAGCAGCUCACAGAGCCAUGAAGAAACAGUCAAGUACAUCAAGGAGAAGAUCAGGGAGAAUCUCUCUCCAGAGAGGAGCAUCAAUCUGUUCCACUGUCUGAAUGAACUGAAUGACCAUUCUCUAGUGGAGGAGAUCCAAAGAUACCUGAGAUCAGGAAGUCUCUCAGAACCCAAACUGUCACCUGCACAGUGGUCAGCUCUGGUCUUUGUGUUGCUGACUUCAGAAAAGGAGCUGGAUGUGUUUGACCUGAAGAAAUACUCCAGAUCAGAGGAAGGUCUUCUGAGGCUGCUGCCAGUGGUCAAAGCCUCCAGAGCUGCUCUGCUGUCAGGCUGUGGAGUCACAGAGGAAGGCUGUGCUUCUCUGGUCUCAGCUCUGGAGUCAAACCCCUCACACCUGAGAGAGCUGGACCUGAGUAACAAUGACCUGAAGGAUUCAGGAGUGAAGCUGCUCUCUGCUGGACUGGGGAAUCCCCACUGUAAACUGGAGACUCUGAGGUCAGUAUUAUCAGAUAUGAAAGCACUUUAUGUAUGUAGUUCUCCCAUUUGAAAAGUCGUAAUUAUUCGGUUAUAUUCACUUAUAGUGUAUUAAAGUAGUCAUACGUUUAGUAUUUGGUCCCAUAUUCCAUGCCUGCAGUGAUUACAUCAAGCUUGUGAUUCUACUAACUUGUUGAAUGUAUUUCCAGUUUGUCUUGGUUGUGUUUUAGAUGUUUUUCCUAAUAGAAACUAAAUGGUGAAUAAUGUCCUGUCAUUUUGGAGUCACUUCACUUGUAUUGUCAGUAAGA